AUGUCUGUACGCAUUCCACGAAGCUUUUCGCGCUCAGCGCCAAUCACAAGCUGGUCGUUCCUACCACGAAACCAGGUUCCCGCUCGAGCUGUAUUCCGCACAUACGCCGACAGCGCUGUGCCUGGUCAAUCGUCCAACGUCUCGAAUCCGCAAGCAAGCAAUGCUGACAGUCAGGACAUCAACAAAAGCGCGUCACUAGAUGGAACGAAGAAUGCCGACACAGCGUCUGUCCAGAACCCAGUCAGCAACACAGACCAAGACCAAGGAGGACAAUCAGAGACGACAACAGAGAGCGAGGACAACAUGAAACAUGACCCGAACCAGCCUGCUGAAAAAAAUAGGGAGAAGACUGUAUAUGGACAGAACAAGCCCUUAGACCCUGCGGAUAAGUAA